GACAACUGCGACGCCAGUUGAUGACGUCAUGAAGCCGCGCCGCUGUGUGUUGUUGUUGUGUCUCUCGAAGCAAGUCCUCAGCGAAGGUAGCAACGGAAGAUUCAACUUUUUUUGCAGUUAAAAGGGUGUUGCCUCAGAACUGAAUGAAGUGCUGCCCUCUGCUGGAUAGUAAGUGCUGCUGCUGCUUCCAGGAUGGGCCAGCAAAUCUCAGGUCAGAUGCCUGAGAAGCUGGUGAAACAUGCUGGACUGGUGCGAGACAGCGGCUACCUAACCUACGAGGAGUUCCUGGCGAGGGUGUCCGAGCUUAAUGACGUAACGGCCAAGUUAGCCACCGGGCAGCAGAAGCACCUUCUGUUUGAAGUUCAGCCGGGGUCCGAUUCCUCCGCCCUGUGGAAGGUGGCCGUCCGGAUCGUCUGCACCAAGAUAAACAAAGAGAGCGGCGUGCUGGAGGCGUCACGGAUCAUGAACCUGUACCAGUUCAUCCAGCUGUACCACGACAUCACCACGCAGGCCGCUGAGGUGCUGUCUGCAGAAGGGGCCGUCAGGGGUCCGUCCGCCCAGCUGCCCUCCACCGACUCCUGCCAGGCCAGCAUGUGGAUGGGGAGGGUGAAGCAGCUGACUGACCAGGAGGAGUGCUGCAUCUGUAUGGACGGAAAGGCUGACCUCAUCCUGCCCUGCGCACACAGCUUCUGUCAGAAAUGCAUCGACAAAUGGAGCGGGCGCAGCCGCAACUGUCCCAUAUGUCGCCUCCAGGUGACGGCUGCCAACGACUCCUGGGUGAUGUCGGACUUCCCCUCCGAGGACGAAGUGGUCGGCUACAUUCUCAACCUGGCAGACGAGGCGGGCCACCCACACCGGCCUUAACACAGCGUGCACCGAGCCAAGCCCGUAGUAAGGGAGAGCAGCCCUUCACUCGCUGAAACACAAGAUGACGCUUUCACAGGGGAGAUCCUUCUGCUGUCUGUAAAAAAAAAAGCAGACGGGAUGAAGAAAUAGGAGUUUAUUUAUGUUUAAUCCACAGACUCUGAGUCACACCUAACACUACGUUCUGAAAAUCCCAGGAUGCUCUUCGCUGUCCGAGUGUAACAGGAGUCAAAAGCUUUUAGCCACCCUGGGUUCUGUGCUGUCUGAGCCCGACUGUGGUUAACAUAGAGUUCUGAUGAGGUUCCUAUGAAUGCUGUAUUCAUUUUGGGCUUUUAAUGAUCCAUCUCAGCCGUGCUAUAUGUACUGGCACCCUCUCUGAUAGCUGGUUAAAUGUCCUGUCCCAGCUCACGCUUUGACUUUAUAUUUUUGUUACCAUCAGCAAGCCUCUCGCACAGUUCUGUUUAUUGCAUAUCGGGCCGCUAUUCUUACCCGAAACCGUGGCGUUAGUUAAAUGCCUUUAACUUGUUCUGGCUCCCCCUCCUGUUGGAUCUCCUCCAGCUCCACCGGCAGCAGAAGGGACCCUGACAUCCGGGCAUCACGCGUGAAGUUUACGGCCGUCGGGUUGAGUCAGACCAUAACGGUCUUAGCCCGGGAUGACGGACGUGUAAAGCUAACAGACGUUCUAUUGAAAUAAGCUUGUUGAGACUCACCACGGUAGGAAGAAAACCGAUCGGUACUUCCUCUAAUUUCAUGGCUUUAUAUAACCGGGCUAGCAGCGGUUCAUUACACAUGAAAGCAGCCAGAAAUGUGACAUUUUGAAAACUUUAGCGCUUCAGCGAGUUCCCUGCAAACACAUGUCAGAACUGGUUUUGGGAUGGAUAAAACGGCCUUAAAGCCCCUAUCCUAGUGAAAGGUUGUGGAUUUUUCUUAAAAACCCGGGAAGCCAUUUAAAAAGAUUCUGGUAACAAGCUUUACAAACACCUAGUGAAAUAUCAUGCCAGAAGCUUGUUGCUGGCUUCAAAAAGCACAUUUCUAUUCAUUUAACCAGCUAUUAAUGAGAUUAAAUGUAUAUAUUUUAGCUUAAAUGCAUAGCUCUGACAAUAAGCGGAUUAGCUUCUUCUGUUUUAGAACUCUUUGAAGCUCCGGUUCAACCUGAAAAUCGAUCCCAGUGGAUCCCUAAAAGCCCAAAACAAACAGCAUCCAUGUGUGUUUGUGAAAGGUGCUGUAUUAUGUUGACCAAGCAGCUUCAGUAGUUGGGCAAACAAGAGCUGGCUUUUUGUAGCACAUUAGGAAACUAAUCCUGAUACAAAGUAACAAGACUCAAAAGCAAAAAGAAAAUCUAAAGUUGCAAACUUUUGCCCCCCACAUCCAAAUCAGACACAUUCCUGUUUUCUAGAUUUCCAAAGAAAAUCGGUUUAGUGGUAUUUCUUUCCCGUCGGUAACCCUGCGUUGGUUAGACCCCCCCCCACUGGGUGUCCUGAGGGGCAUCAGAUGUUUCUUUCCUACUUUACUUACAGACGCACUCUCAGAUAUAAUCCCAGUUUGCUAUCUAAGGUGUUCCCUUUUUUCAUUGUAUUUAUGUGUGUAUUUAAAAAUGACUAUAUAACUGUGUGACAAUAAAGGAGUUCUCCUAUCUGUACAAAUCUGUUCCUAUGAGCAAAGCUACUGUAAUCUUCCCUUCCAGUUCCUUUUUGUUGAAUUAACAAGUUUCCUUUGAGAGACAGAAAUUCAUUGAACCCGGAUUAGAGUUCUGUUCAGUUCUGUUCAGUUCUGCUGCUUUGGAUGAGUAUUUCUGUGCGGGUGUUUCCCGUUCUUUGGUAAAUAAUCUGCUGUGGUUUACGUGGGGAACGCCCAACCUCAGCCUGAGCCGAGCGGUACAGACAACAAAAUGAUCACAAUGGAUGUUUUUUGUUUUUUUUGUGUGUUGAGAGGCUCCGAUGAUUAUCACAAUACAAUUUCAAGCUCAGACGCUACAUAGUAUCUGCUUCAACCCAGACCUAAAGAUUAAAUCCAUUUAUUAAUGGGUAAUAAAACAUUCAUAACUAAUGAGACGUGACUCUGAAUCCCCUUAAGAAUUGCAGAACUUUCUGAAUUAAUAAUAAACCACUCUUUUCAACUAGCAAUACGUUAAUGUGCACACCCUGUGUGUCGUACUCUUUAAAGAGUACUUGAGUACAGCCAGAGCUGCUACUGUUUACAAUGCCGUCUAUAAAAACGCGUAAAUAACAGCGACUGCCAGGGAGGCCACGUGUGUCAUCUCCCUUAUCGAAGCCCCCCGUUUGUCAUUGUUAUUGACGGCUUCUGUGUCUGGAUAAAUUAUAAAACCAGUUUUAUUGCGAAGCACUAAGCUUUAAGUAUUUUCUGAUGUGUGAAUGUAUGAUAGCCCUGAUGGUGUGGCAUGCAUGUUUAUCUAUUUCUGUUUCACGAAUGUUUUAUUGGAUUCUAUGUUGAUAUGAAUGCAUCACAGAUUGUUUUUUUUAUUUGAUCAGUUUGAUCUUUUUCUGUAUAUAUGACUUUUGUUUGGAAAUGUACUCUUAAAUUAGAAACAUAUUUUUGGUUUUAUUUUGUUCUCUUAAUGCUCAGUAAAGUUGUGAUUCAUUGCAUUUAAAAAAAAAAAAGUCUUACAUUUGCACAAAGCUCUCUGCACAUAUCUGACACUGUAAUGACGGAGUGAAUUGUUUCUGAAAAUAAAGAUUAGUUUGGGAUAUGACUUAUUUUAUGUUGCAUUUCCACCUUAGGGUCGUAGCAUUAACUGCAUUUCCCCCGACUGAAGUGCUUUUCCUUUUGCUGGAUGACUUUUAUUCACCAUGCGGUGUGGAUGUGGGUGUAAUAAAAUCAAAGCCUUGUUACUGUACGAUCAUUAAUAAAGAAGCUCUCAGAUUUUGCACUUGAA